AUGGGAGCGUCGUUGUCUAAUUUGACAGAAGGAGGGUCGACAGCCGGCAACGGAACCGGACUCGGCGAUAUACCGGAGAGCUGCAUCGCCGGUGUUUUUACCUACCUUACCCCGCCGGAGAUAUGUAACCUAGCACGACUCAACCGUUCGUUCCGUGGCGCUGCUUCAUCGGACACCGUUUGGGAAUCAAAGCUUCCACCUAACUACCAAGAUCUGCUCGACCUAAUUCCACCUGAGAGGUACCAAAAUCUCUGUAAAAAGGACAUCUUUUCCCUCCUCUCUCGCCCUGUUCCCUUCGACGAUGGCAACAAGGAAGUAUGGUUGGACAAGGUUACUGGAAGAGUAUGCGUGUCAAUCUCCGCAAAGGCAAUGGCAAUUACAGGGAUAGAAGAUCGAAGAUACUGGAAUUGGGUUCACACCGAAGAAUCAAGGUUUAACAUUGCAGCAUAUUUGCAUCAAAUAUGGUGGUUUGAAGUAGAUGGGGUGUUGAAAUUCCCAUUUCCAGCUGAUGUAUACACGUUAUCAUUUAGGAUACAUUUAGGAAGAUUUUCAAAACGAUUGGGGAGACGUGUAUGCAGCUUUGAUCAAACUCAUGGGUGGGACAUAAAGCCUGUAAGAUUUGAAUUAUCAACUUCAGAUGCUCAAGAAUCAUCAUCUACUGAAUCUUUUUUAGAUGAUUGUGAUAAAGAUGAUGAGACAAAUGGAAAUCAUAAACGUGGUUGCUGGAUUGAGUAUAAAGUAGGGGAGUUCAUUGUAACUUCAUCUGAUCCUGCUACUGAAUGA